UAAGUAAAACACACCUGCUCAGCAGCUUUAAAAUGGAGUUCUCCUGAGCAGGUAUUAUUGGUUCAGUGGCUCCAGGGUGUCUCCAACGUGAAUGAUUAAAUUAGUGCUCAAAGUUGCAAGUACAAAGUCAAUAAACACUCCAAAGGACGGACUCCAAUAUGAAGGACCCAGUGAGUGAAUGUAUCUACAACCACCUCUAUCAGGAUCUAAAGAAGUUUUCUAAAAAUGGAGAACAUUUCUGCAAAGAACUUGUGGCAGUGUUUCAACAAAGGGCCGACCUGGAAAUCAGCUACGCGAAAGGAUUGCAGAAACUGGCAAGCAAGCUCACCAAAGCAUCAAGCAGCAUGGCUAAGAACUCUACUUACAGUGCCUGGAGUUUUGUGUCUGAGGAAAUGGGCUCUACAGCAGACAUACACAAAAACUUGGGCAGUGCUUUUCAGCAGGAAGCUAUUCAACCAAUUCGACAAGUUCUUGAAGAGCAUACUAAAAAGAAAAAGCCAUUAGACAAUGCAGUGGAAAAGACUGGGAAACUUGUGAUCCUCAACUGGAACGAACAAAUUAAAGCAAAAAAGAAAUUAUUUGGGUCCACAAAAGAACAUGAAGCUCUUUUUAAUUUCGUGGAAAACAACAAACAUAUAUCAACUGAGAAGGAAAAGCAGAAGAUGCUUAACAGGUUGACAAAGUCUUCUGAGGUACUGGCAAAGACAGACGAAGAGUACUUUAAUAUCAACAUGGCAGGUCAUCACACAAGACUGAAAUGGGAGACAACGCUAAAGAACUGUUACCAGAGCGUUCAAGAGAUGGAAAAACAGAGGAUCCAGAUGUUAUGUGGCAUUUUAAAUAAGUACAACCAGCAUGUCUCCACUUUUGGACAGACACUUAUUACAUGUCACAGACAAAUAGACCAGGCUGUAAGGGAGGUUGAUGUUGAAAAAGAUAUACAGAUGCUGGUGGAAGAAACAUCAGUACCGUCUCAAGAAAACAAAGCAGAAUUCCUACUUGCGGAUUAUUUUGAGGAGGAUAGUAAAACUGGAAUGGAUAAAGAAAGAAGGAAAGCCUCAAUAAAAAUGAAACUCCAAAGGUUACAUGAUAAUAUAACGAAGACAAGAAAAGACAAGGAAGGGUUAGAGAGAAUGUUUAAGACCUACACUGAAAAUCCAUCCUUUUCAGACCAAAAGAAUCUCGAAGACACUGAACAACAUCUUGAUGAGACAACAGUGAAGAUGAACUUUCUGGAGGCUAACUAUUUUAAACUCUCUGUAGUAAUGGCAGAACUCGACGGAAAACCAAAGCCUGUGCACUGUUGUAGUGACAGCAUUUCGAAAUGGAAAGAUAAGGAAUACCAGCACAGUGUCAUCCAGAUAUCCAGUCCUGUGAAGAUGAAAAAGUCCCAGUACAGAUCGAAAUUGACCUCUACGUCCUCAAUCAGAUCAAGUAGAAGCCAAGUUGUAGGUCAUUACCAGCAAUCCAUCCCCACAUCCAACAGCAGUGCAACCAGCUCAUGCAUUGCAGGGGCAGAAGCAAUAUAUGAUGAAACACAUAGUGGUAAUCUGCCCGAAUUUGAUUAUGAUGAUGAUGAUUAUGAUGAUGAUGAUGAAAGAAACAGUCAAACUAAUGAGACAGAUGACCACACCAUUGGUACCUGCAGGGCUCUGUAUGACUUUCAGUCAGACAGAGAAGAUGAAUUAAUCAUGAAAAUAGGCGACCUUCUAGUUAUACAUCAAAAGGACAACAGUGGCUGGUGGUACGGAUCAUUGAAAGGGAAGAAAGGUCAUUUCCCUUCCAAUUAUGUGGAACAAUUAGAACAGUUUGACAUAAACAAGUCAUCAGAUGCAUGAGGACCUAUAUGCAGCUCUCUGGCAAGACACAUUAAUAGUUCAUAAUUGAGAUCAGGCAAGACGGCUUAGAUUUUAAGGCCCUCUUUUGAAAGGUACCUACGAAAACUGAACUGUUUUAGACAAACAGCUUUCAAGAUGUUAUUAUUUAACAUGUAUUAUUUUACAUAUAAAUUUAAAAAGCAGUACUACAUAGAACACACAUACAAUGUUGUUUCAUUACAAUCUUUAGUACAGCUCCAAUGGAUAGUAUACUCAGUUGAUUUUUAGUUUAAUGAUUUACCAAAUGUGACCUCUAUUCUUGGUUUACAAUUAGUUAUAAUCUUUGCUGCAUUUAAAAUAGGGGUGUGUAAGAUCUGCAAAUGGGCAGGGCUAUCCAGAAGUAGUCAGAUCAAUUGUUUUGGUCCCGCCCACUUUCAAUGUGAACAUGUCCAUUACCACUCCUCCAAUUUUUAAAAAGUACUUUUGUAAACCUUUUUUUUUUUUCAUGAGGUUAAAUCUCUUAAAAACAUAAAUUCAUAAUAAAAUAAACUUAUAUAUAGCACAUAGCAUUUGUAAAUAUAAUGGUGGCUGAAACAUGUGAUACUAAUGAAUUGAGUCAGACAGUAUAAAGAUAAAACAAUAAAUCAUUAUUUACUAGCUAAUAGUAUCCAUAACCAGAAGUGUUAUGAUCUAUGUCCAGUACAUGUUCAUUAAGUAGCAUGGUGUAGAUCCAAUAAGUUAUCACUUAUGUACAAACACCAUAAAUAUACUCUAAUGAAAUACAAGUACUAGAAAAUAAUACCUUUGUCUGAAAUAACCACAACAGUAUAUUUGUUAAAAUGCAGAACUAAGAAAAUGUAUGUAUAU